AUGGCCGCAGGAGACUUGAUCGACUUUGACGUGAUCGAGGGCCAGAAGGAAAAUAUCCAGGCGCUGCCCAGUGGCCGCUCCGCGAGAAAACUUGUCGAGACGUUUUCUUCCUCGCCACUGCACAAGCUCAACACGCCGACACCGACAGACUCUAAGAGUGUCAACGACUGCAUCAGAGCAGAGUACGAGGCCGAGGUCGCCGCGCUCUCAGAGUCCGACGACCCUCUGGACAUUUUCGACCGCUACGUGCGCUGGACAUUUGACGCGUACCCGUCAGCCCAGGCCACCUCUCAAUCUCAGCUGCACACCCUGCUCGAGCGCGCCACAAAGGCGUUUAUCGGCUCCGCGCAGUACAAGAACGAUCCAAGAUACCUCAAGCUGUGGCUGCACUACAUCCACUUCUUCUCGGACUCACCCCGCGAGACAUACAUCUUUCUUUCCCGACACAGCAUAGGCGAGACACUCGCCCUCUUCUACGAGGAAUACGCCGCCUGGCUCGAGAGCGUUGGCCGCUGGUCGCAAGCCGAGGAGGUGUAUAAGCUCGGCAUUGAGAGAGAAGCCCGGCCAGUACAGAGGCUCGUCCGCAAGUUCGGCGAGUUCGAGCGGAGACGUGCAGAGCAGCCCAACGCAAACGAGGCGCCAUCAUCACCGGCGCUGCCAAAAGCGCGCAACGCACUUGCCGCCAAAGUCGAUCCAUUCUCAGCAGCCGCUGCCGCAGCGGCCGACCCACAAGCUCCGCGGCCAAACAUGGGUGUUGGAGGCACGGCGGCAAAGCCUGGCAAGGCGAAGAUGGCCAUAUUCUCGGAUGCAGACGUGCAGCCGUCAGCGCUGUCCUCGAGAGGUGGCGAGACCAAGGGCUGGGACACGAUCGGAUCUUUGGCCGAUCGCAAAAAGGAAAACGUGAUGGAGGCACGGCCGUGGGCGGGAGAGACACUGGAAACUUCGGUCAAGAAGAGUAACGGGCCGAAGAUGGCCAUCUUCAGGGAUCCUUCCCUGAGAAGAAUAGCAGAAUCUCAUAUCAUGAUUGCGCCGUCCAAGCACCAGAUUAUCGUCAACCCGAACAGUGGCAAGCGAGAGCGGAUAUUUGUCAACCUCGAGGCCGUAUAUCCCACGCCCGAGGAGCCGGGCACCGAGCUAAGUUUCGAAGAGCUGUGGGCGGCGAGUCGGGGGUGGCUGGACACGAACUGGGAGGAAGAGAGUGAAGAGGACGACCUCUACGACUCGAUCCAGCACGACGAGAACGAGCCACCUGUGAUGCAACAAAUCAGCCACAAGGUGGAAAAACUGAUGAUACUCCGUGACGAUUCGAUAUCGCAAGAAAAUCGUGUCCCGCUGCAAGACCCAAAGCCCUCGAAGCCAAGGCGGAAGAAGGGGAUGGAGGUGAAUGAGACACAGAUCAUCAAGGUCAACUUGGACUCACCAACCAAGCCGAAGCCCAAGUCCAAGAAGAAGUCAUCAUCAUCUGAGCCGACAAUGACGAUGCACACCAAAGCAGCCACUGACGACAUCUACGAUAUCUUCAACGCCCCACUGAAGCCAUCAAAGAUGGCCGGAGAAGAAAGCGACGAGGAUGAGUAUAUGACUGAUGGAGAUUACACGAGCGGCGCUGAGAGCACUGCCACGACACGGCAAGUUGACAUGACUGAGGGCGAGCUUGGCGAUGUCGAAAUGGACAACGAUCAUGAAGAUGAUGAGGACGACGCCGCAGACAACAAGUCCGUUGCUAGUGAUUGGUCUGAUUUCACACGAGAGCACGUCGCCUGGCGCAAAUCCAAGCCAGAAUGCCAAAGCGGAGCUGAGGAUGAUACAAUCUCAUCGCAGAAACUAUAUUCGCAAGAAUAUACAGGUGAUGUGGAUGUGACUAGCCACAGCGAAGCAGACUAUGAGCUCCCCGACGAACAGGAAGCUCCAAGAACCCGCUUCAUGCCUGUCCCACCAGAAGACUACGUCGCACCUACAAGGCCGUAUAGGGAUCCGGCCGAGGUUGCUAACAAUCGGCUGCCUUUCAUGACCCCGAUUACGGAGCGGACCGAGAUGUCAAUGGGCUUCACAGACGCCAGGUCGAAUUACUACAAGACUCCAAGCAAGAACCACUCGCUUGGCACCACGACAGAGGAGGAUGAAGACGAAGACGAGGACUACGAGCCGCUCAGCAGCCCUAUCAGGGAAGUUGUGGACGAUAAUCUCUCACCAGUCAAGAUCCCCCAGCCUCUACUGCACAAAGUCAAGCAACCACUGGCACCUGCUAUACCCAAAGGACCAAUCAUCAAGGACCUGCAGUGCAACCCCGUCGAUCCUGGUACAUUAGCGGAAAUUCUGUCCAAGAUACAGCCACCGUUGAGUUCGUACCCUGGAUUCUACGAUCACCGCCAUGAGCGAUUCGAGAAAGGCUCGGAGAUCCGUCGGUACACUAAGGCUCAAGCCAAAGCCCUCAAAAAUGGCGACAGGACAAGCGGGGUCUCAAGUCCUGUUCAGCUUGAAUUCCCGGAGCUCUCGAACGACUAUACGGUGCGGCGCCAGCUCGGCGAGGGCGCCUUUGCACCAAUUUACUUGGUAGAGAACUCGCAACCUGAGGAGGAAGAGUCAGAUGAGAACAGCCCAGUCAUCGCGAUGGGCAAGGGCGCCUUUGCGACGUCGAAACGCGCAAGCCUAGAGGCUCUCAAGAUGGAGGAGCCUCCUUCAGCCUGGGAAUUCCACAUGAUGCGCUUGGCUGCCUCGCGACUUGGACCAAACCAUCGGGCCACGGCUUCGAUCUCUGCUGUGCAUGAGUUGCAUCUCUAUCAGGAUGACGGCUACCUCUUCUUGCCUUUCCAUCCUCAUGGCACUCUGCUUGAUGUUGUCAACAUGUUCAGAAAAGAACAGUCUGGCACUCUCGACGAGCCACUCGCCAUGUUCUUCGCCAUUGAGAUGCUGCGGACUGUGGAGGCUUUGCACAGCAAACAGCUCAUGCACGGAGACCUGAAGGCGGACAACUGCCUUCUCCGCCUCGACACCCUUCCGGGAUCCGUCGAGUCUCUGACAAGCCAGUGGCAUGCCGAUGGCUCAGGCGGCUGGGGCUCGCGAGGUGUGGUGCUAAUCGAUUUUGGGCGAGGCAUCGACAUGCGGGCCUUUGACCCAGAGGUACAGUUCAUCGCCGACUGGCAGGUCUCCCCUCAAGACUGUGCCGAGAUCCGCGACGGCAGGCCAUGGACAUGGCAGCUCGACUACCACGGGCUUGCGGGCGUCAUCCACACCCUCCUUUUCGGCAAGUACAUUGAGACGGUCCGCGCCGACAGCGGCGGUCUAGGAACACAAGCCGGGCGGCGAUACAAGAUCCGCGAGAACCUCAAGAGGUACUGGCAGACGGAUAUUUGGAACGACUGCUUCGACGUGCUGCUCAACCCGGCGAGCCAUGCGAGCGACGACGGCGGGGAUGGCAAGAUGCCCGUGACGCGCAGCCUCCGUCGCGUCAGGGAGGGGAUGGAGUGCUGGCUCGAGGCCAACUGCGAGCGAGGCGUCGGGCUAAAGACCCUCAUCGGCCGCGUCGAGAAUAUGGCCAGGCAGCUUGCAGCAGCUGGGGCGCGCAAGGGUUAG